UAUCCUCGUCAGUAUCUGUGAACCAUGGCGGAGGAAGGACUAGUGGUUUUUAUUCUUCUCUCCUGUAUCCUUCUUAAUCCAUGUCUAGGACAGUUCUUUAACGGGCUUCCGUCCUCUGAAAUUGUCCGGACAGCUUCUAUCAUCAAGAAUCAAGAUCCUCGCUCUCAGAGUAUGGAUGAUGUAAUUGAGUCUGCACUAGCCAGGAUUAAAAACGUUAACGAUGCCACAGCUGGUUCUCCUAGAGGUAGUGGAGUCAAAGUUAAUCCUGUGCUUCAAUCAAGUUCGGAGAACAGACCAUCCUUUCUUCGAACCAACCCGGAGCAGAGUUUAGAUUCUCAGUUCUCAACCCAAGGUUCUGCUAGAACCUUUAACCCCCAGGAGAAUCCAUUAGCCCAGAGAACUAGACCUAGGGUACAACAGUUGCUAGAGGAAACUAAGCUGACAGGAAAUGAAAAUAAGCAAUUAUCUCAUGAUUUCCUGCCUUCCUGUCCGGAUGCAACCUUUUCCUACAUCAUUCCUUCCCCUACUCAAUGUGAUCUUUAUUAUCAGUGCGAGUUCGGCACACCUUCUAGAAAAUUAUGCGAGGAUGGGCAAGUAUUCUCUAUAACUGAUGUGAAAUGUGUUUCUAGUAAUCUUGCAGAUUGUGAGGAUCGACCUCUGCUCCAAGAACCUAAAGGAACAGGGCCAUGUGAAAGGAGGAAUGGGAUUUUCUACACGAACCAAACCUGUACAGAGUUUGUUACCUGCAGAGACAAUAAUCCGUUUUUUGAGCGGUGUGCUCCCGGAUUAGUGUUUGAUCCUGUUCAGAAAAUAUGCGCUUGGGCAGACGAAGCACUUCGUCCUGGAUGCUUGCCUGAAGAUCUUCUUGGAUUCCGUUGUCCCAACCCUAAACUGACCCAGGAGCAAGCUUUGUUAGCUAGGGUUCAUCUUAGGUUCGGAGAUCAUGACAGGUUCUCUGAUCCAAAGGAUUGUAGAUAUUUCUUCAUGUGUCUCAGAACAGGACAACCUAGAAGAGCGGGAUGCCCCCAAGGCAAGGUAUUUGAAGAGUUAAGUGGGUCAUGCAAGCUCGCCAAGGAUGUUCCAGAAUGUUCUAAUUAUUAUGGUGCAAAUGUGCAAAGUUCCGAGGCUAGUAGAGCUCAAGCUACCAAGCUUCAGAACAUAGAAGACGACAUUCAGAAACAGUUCAAUGACGAAAGAUUAAGGUUGAGACAAUUGAGAGUUAAAAGAUGGAUAAUGGAAGAAGAGGCUUCACCAGAGUAAGAGAUGAUUCAGUGAUAUGUUGGUGGAUAUUAUAUUUAAGAUUUCUGUGAUAUAAUUAUUUUUUAAUUUCAAAACAAAAUAAAGGUUUUAUAUGCUCGA